GCUGGAGGCGCUGUCAGAUGGCCCCGCUACUUAUUGAAAUAAGAACCGCAAAUGGGUUAGAGACCAUGUUAAACCGGAAAGUGUCUUGUUUGAAUCCAAGUAAAGCGAAGUGCUAUUGAACUAGAUACAUGCGACGCUGAAGAACACUUUUCGAAAUUGUAUCGUUUUAAUAAAGAAGAAUAAGAACGCAAAAUCACGGGACAAGUAGAAACCUAUAUAAAAAGAAUUAGGUAGAUUAGGGCACCAGAAAGUUUGUGGAUGUGUCCGAGUGAGUGAGGAUGUUCCAAAGUUCUUUAUGGGCGGUCCCAUAUAUGCUGUAGAUCUUUUAAACACGCAAGAAAAUCCACGUUACUCAGGCAAAAUAAAUGCUAGAAUUCCAGUUACGAGUUAUUGGUUAAGCUGCGCGGCGCGUACGUGCACAGCAACUUUUUUCUGAAGGAUAUAGUUGCUUCGACGUAAUUGUGUUGCAUUAGGAUGGCGACUCCGGCUUUCACAGCUUUCGGUUAUGAGAACGGGGACCGCACACCUCUUCAGGACAAUGUCAGCAGCUGUGAAGGACAGCAAAGAUAUGAAAACGAAUGCCUCGUUGAUGAAGAAUCAGAGAUGUCGGAGGAACCCUUAGGUGAUGGUGAUCCGAUAAUGUUUCAAGAACAGUUACGAAACCACUUUCUCAGGCAUUCGAGUGGUUCAUCGAUCAAUCUUUCAUUUGAUGGAUCAAGUUCGACGGACACGACUCGCUGCAGUAAUCCAGCCUCCUCAGGGGACGCCUUCCGAGAGCAACUACUACAGAAUCCUCGUCAACUUGGCUUUUAUAUCAGGGAAAAACUCCGCUACCAUUUUAUGAGUCCAUUAGAAAAGUGGCAGUAUCGCAAAGUAUUUCCCUGGAAGAUGAUCUUUCAGAUCAUUAAAAUAUUUACUGUCACAACCCAAAUUCUGCUAUUUGGUUUCGACUGCUCGCAAUUCUACAGCGAGCAAAUGGCUACGGAGACGGCUCUAAAGGCAUAUUUCCUAAAGGACUGGGACCCGAUCCGAGAUGUUUACUUUUAUCCGCCGGAUGGACCAUACGCGGUUUACACUGAGGCGGAACUGUUUGACCAAAUAGACACAGCGGUUCAGAAAUACAGCAGAAUUACCGAGGACCCGAUUGGAUCGUUUCGCUAUAAAAUGUUGAAUGGCACUAGAGUGCCGCCGCGACUGUGUCUUACCUAUUACAAUGAUGUUCACAUGUAUGCAUUCAAUGCGACAGUAAGGUACAAUAAUAAGAUACUAUACCAAUGCCUAGAGCUAAGCCAAGAGAAUUACGCGAACUUCUCCAUCGUGAGGUUUCUGAAUAAUACCAAAAUUACGUUGGAUCUUCAACGGGUAAUUAUGGCUCGCUUGGAUUUCGCCGUGUCCACUGUAUACCGGCGUCAAAGUUCUGUAAUCAAUUCAGUCGUUGUUUACCAGAUGGAAUUUAGUAUUGUCUACGAUAAUAAUCAUCAAGAUGGAGUUAUUGAGGUAAAGUUGAACGUGACAAGCGCCGCAGACUCUAGGGAAAGCAAAAGGCCGCAAGUAGCGGCUCAGACCGCACGUCAAAUAUAUAACGUUGCUGUUAUUGCUAUCUGUCUAAUUUCAUUAAUCCUUUGUUCACGAUCCAUCUACCGGUGCUACUCAUUAUUGGGCAAGACCGUCGAGUACUUUAAGACACAUCGACAAGUAGACCUAUGCUGUAGCGACAAAUUCGAAUUCGUUGAUCUUUGGCUUUGCCUCAUCAUGUUGAACGAUAUUCUGGUCAUUUCUGGCACUGUAAUUAAAAUGUCAAACGAGAUGAGCCUGUUGUCUCAACAACGAUAUCUUUGGGCUUCGGUGCUACUGGGCACGGGCUUGUUGUUUGUGUGGUGUGGCGUACUUCGUUAUCUCGGCUAUUUCCGUCAUUACAAUGUGUUGAUGCUUACGUUAAAAAAAGCCGCCCCAAAUCUUCUGAAGUUCCUUAUCUGCGCACUCAUCUUGUUCAUGGGCUACAGCAUCUGCGGAUGGGUCGUUCUCGGGCCGCACCACAUAAAGUUCAGAAAAUUCUCGACAUCACUCGAAUGCCUCUAUGCAAUCACAAACGGUGACGAUAUAUUCGCAACGUUCGCUUUAGCAACUAACGAGUACUCGGAACAUGGUAUUCCUCCAAUGAUUUGGUGGUUUUUGAGGAUCUAUUUUUAUUCUUUUGUUACUCUCUUCAUUUGUGUUGUGAUCAACCUUCUGUACGCGGUGAUUAUUGACGCCUUUGACACAAUCAAGGAAGUGUCCGAUGCUAACUUAAACAAAACGAAAAGUAUCAUUCAUGAGUUCAUCGAUGAAAACCGCGAAAUGGCAUCCAGUGGCAAUUUCCUGCUCGAUGAUGAGUUAGAGGAUCGCAUGAGCGUCUCGGAGAUAUUUUUGUGUUGCUUCCCGUGGUUCCUCCGGGAUCGCAUGAAGUACGUCGACAACGCCGCAGUUGAGUAAACGCAUCUACCAGCUCAUGAAGAGACAUUCGAAAGUAUUGAUCCCCUCUAUCGAGAUACAUGGGAACCGUCAAAUGAGAUCGCCCUAAAUGUUUGACGUAAGAUAUUACUAUAAUUGAGAGAUUGGUGAGCGAUGGUUAAAGAAAAAUAAUCUAUUUUGUCAAAGACACUCUGUACCGCUUCUAAGUGGCGCACGACACUGAUAACUAAAGACGCCGUCUACAAAACUUGCGCGUCAGAUCAGACUGAAUUGAUCUGAGACCAGAAAUUUGUUUGUUGUUUUGAAGGCUUCCAUCAGUUUGUUUGAUCGUAUUUGGUUGGUGAAUUUUUCUUGUUUACUGCUCAGAAGGAAUCCAAUUAGAAAAUUUCAACAGGAAUGGUGAGCUAUCCAGAUUUUGUCGUGGUAAUAGAUGAUGCAUAAGCGAACGUGCUUCUUUGUUACUUAUAAGGAACUGCGUACAGGCGUAUCCGCCUCCAUUUUUUGAGGACUUAAUUUUGUUAUUCUGUCAUAGAAACAAAUGUGUACACGACGCUAUGUUCGUAUUCCACUAGUGUAUCUAACGUGUGCUUAAUAUGCACCGGCGUGUAUUUGUUAUUCGGUUAUUAUUAUAAUUAUAAUAUGCAGCUGCUGAAUUAGUUAGCAUACGCUUCAAAAUAAUGUAGAUUAUUCAGUCCUUUUACCGCAGGCACUUGGCAUUCAAGUCCUCAAAGCCAGGUGGCUCUAUUUGUACAUGUAAAGUACAGUAACCGCCCGCAAGAUUAAAACAUAAUUUUACAAAUGCCAAGAUUUUUAUAACUAAAUAAAAGGUGCUGAUGGUAAGCGGAAACCGGUAAUCUUACCAUUACUAUAGAUCUCAUCAAACCAUAUCGUUAGAUCAUUAUCAUUCGAAUCUUUUUAUACCUCUUGUAAGGUACUACAGCCCAGUAUGUAAUAUCAAGCGUUUCUCAAAACCACGUCCGUGAUAGAAAUGACGUUUCUUAAUUAAUGGAAAGUAAGUGUUACGAUAAUAUAAUGCUCUAACAAAUGCCUAAAAUACACGUUACUAUAUCAAAAUUCAUAGGUGAAAUAUCAAUGAAAUACUAAAAUUAUUUUAACAGGCUUGGUUUACUGCUUAAUCGGAUUCAGGCUAAAGAGAGAAUUGGUGUACUUAAAAUAUAAAAAAUAAUAAAUCUGGAAGGAAGAUUGCCAAAUCAAAAUGCAGAUUUUGUGCAAACGUUAGCACUAGGUGGAUAAUCAAGUAGAUUUUAUCAUUAUAUAAGGCAGUUAUUUAGCGGUCUUCUCGAUAGCGCGAGAUGUACAUCGAGAUUUCCUAAAAGUUUUUUAAAAAAUAAUAUGUUCUGCUACACUAAAAAACCACUAAUUCUUAGAAUAUUCGGUGUUUAUGAUGCGAAUGUAAUCGCACACGUAGCAGAAGUAUUAUUAAGUAAUUUGUAGUUUAACAGUCUAUAUGGAGCUUGAUAUACUAGAGCAGUCAUGGCUAAGUUAACCGUUUUCAAGAUGUAUAGAUACUAGAUAAAGCACACUCAAAAAUAAUGUAUGUGUGUACUAGUGUAUAAUAAAAGCCCUUCUUUGACUGA